AUGGGGGAACUAUACGACCAAUCUCGGAAUGACGCAUUACAACGUCUAAACCAAACAUUACUUCAAAUCGACCCUUACAUCCUACCUCCAUAUCCCAACCUCUCCAUCGUCGCGGGACCGUUGGAUCCACCACUACUCCAAUUAACACUCGCGCAAUUACUUCAGCGGCAAGUCGAGUGCUAUCCAGACAAUGAAGCCGUUGUCAUACCUUGGACAGGUGCGCGGUGGACUUACAAGAAGCUAUGGGAGGAGUCAAGUUUACUCGCAAGAGCACUACUGAAAGAGGGAGUGCGACCGAGGGAUAGGAUAGGAAUCAUGAGCGGGAAUUGCGAAAAGUACAUUGCGCUCUUCUUUGCGUGUGCGAGGGUAGGCGGCAUCUGCGUUACGCUUAACAAUACGUAUACGGCGACGGAGAUGGAGUAUGCGCUCAAGCACACCAAAUGCAGAAUACUGUUCACCACACCCACGAUCGCACGCUUCGACAAUGGGCCAUUGCUUAAGAAGCUCAGUCAAGACGAUAUCAGCUCCGCACUACCAGACCUCAAGACUGUAUGCCUGAUACGCGGCCAACAUGACAGCUUCAUCUCCUACUCUUCUCUAAUCGAAGAGGCCCAAUACAUCCCCGAGCACAUCCUAGAUAUUUUCGACGGUAUAAUAAGUCCUUACGAUGUUGCGAACCUUCAGUUUACAAGUGGUAGUACUGGCAACCCGAAGGCUGCCAUGUUGACGCACCAUAACCUGAUCAACAACUCCCGCUUCAUCGGCGACCGCAUGGACCUCACACCAAACGACACCCUCUGCUGCCCACCACCCCUCUUCCACUGCUUCGGUCUCACCCUCGGUCUCCUCGCUUGCCUCACACACGGUGCGAAGAUUGUUUUCCCGGCAGAACAAUUCGAUCCAGUCGCUUGCAUGCGCGCUAUCGACGAUGAGCGGUGCACAGCUCUACACGGAGUACCAGCUAUGAUGGAAUCCAUAAUGGACGUGCCACGGCCGGAGGGCUGGACGAGUGAUCUCAGAACAGGCAUCGUGGCGGGAAGUCCGGUGCCGAAGUGGCUGAUGGAGCGCAUGGUCAACGAGCUCAACAUGUCAGACUUCACGUCCUCAUAUGGGUUGACGGAGGCCAGUCCUACGGUGUUCAACGCACAUACAACUGACUCGCUGCAUGCGCGAUUGACGACUGUCGGAACGGUGUUACCACAUGCGCGCGUCAAGAUCGUCGACCAUCAGGAUCGCGUCGUGCCCAUCGGCGUCAGAGGCGAACUCUGCGUCGCUGGAUACCAGGUCUGUCGUGGAUACUGGGAGAAUGCUGAGAAGACUGCUGAGCUCAUCGUUCGCGACGAAUAUGGCGAGCCGUGGCUACACACGGGUGAUGAAGCGGUCUUAGAUGUAGACGGAUACUGCACCAUCACCGGUCGGUUUAAGGACAUCAUCAUCCGAGGUAUCCUGCAUACUAAUAUAAUAUCAGGAGGCGAAAACAUCUACCCUCUCGAAAUCGAAGAACGUCUCGUCGCACACCCAUCCAUCACGCGCGCGAUCGUCGUCGGAGUUUCACACCCGCGCUAUGUUGAAGUGCCCGCCGCCUUCCUCCUACACGAGCCCAACACGGAUAAACCAGACUUGGCUGAAGUGCAGGGCUGGGUAAGGAAAGUGCUGGGCAGGCAUAAGGCGCCUGUGCAUAUCUUCUGGCUGGGGGAGGACUGCGAUGCAGAGGUGCCGUUGACGGGUAGCGGUAAGAUCAAGAAGUUUGUGCUGAAAGAUGUUGCGGAGGGUUUGUUGAGAACCGCGGAGGGAAGGUAAGCACAAUGUCACGUGCGAACGUGCCGCGGAUGAAAUUUAGCGUGUUAUGGUUUCGCGCAAACAUCAUCGUUCUCAUCGCGACUUUAUCAUCGCCUUCGCGCAAUUGCUUCUCUUUCAGCUACACAUAUUACGAAUACUCAUUCAUACCCUUGCGGUCGCCUUCAUAUUCGUCUCAAGCCGUUCUCGCUGUCCAGAAAUUGACGCUCCUCGGAGUCGCACAAUAGACGUCAUGGCACCGUCAAAGCUACACCAUCGCCAAUGCUUCUCUCUGGCUCACGCGACGCACUGGACCAAUGAUGCGCCAGCUAUUACAU